UUUGCGAGAGAAAGGUAAGAAAGUGAAGGAGCCAGGAGGAAGGAAGAGAAAAACAGAGCACUUUGGAGUUUGGACAUCUGGUUAACGCUGGGAAGGAGCCGCUGAGAAGUGAGAAGCCAGGCUAGUGAUGGGUGAUGAUAAAUCUUCGACUGUAAUGGCGAGUAGAGACAGAGAGAGAGAUCGAGAGCUUCUCAUCAUACCUGUCUCUGACUCUGCUCAUGAUGAUGCUUCUUCUAAACCUUCUUCAUCAUCUGCCGCUUCGUCUCAUCACUCCGGUAGAGAGGCUUUCUACAAAGUGGUUCAAAGCUGGGCGUCAAAAAAGUUCAUGACUGGAUGUGUCAUCCUAUUCCCGAUAGCGAUCACUUUCUAUAUUACAUGGUGGUUUAUUCAUUUUGUGGAUGGAUUUUUCUCUCCGAUCUAUGCUCAACUUGGAAUCAACAUCUUUGGUCUUGGGUUUGUAACUUCAAUAACUUUCAUCUUCUUGGUUGGGGUGUUCAUGUCCUCUUGGCUUGGGGCAUCUGUACUAAGCCUUGGGGAGUGGUUUAUCAAACGGAUGCCAUUUGUUCGUCACAUCUACAAUGCAUCCAAGCAAAUUAGUGCUGCCAUAUCACCUGAUCAGAACACCCAAGCCUUCAAGGAAGUCGCCAUCAUAAGACAUCCACGCAUAGGAGAAUACGCGUUUGGGUUCAUCACUUCUAUUGUUGUCCUUCAGAGUUAUUCAGGAGAUGAGGAAUUGUGCUGUGUUUACGUACCUACUAAUCAUCUUUACAUUGGGGAUAUAUUUCUUGUCAACUCCAAAGAUGUCAUCAGACCAAAUUUGUCAGUUCGUGAAGGAAUUGAGAUUGUUGUUUCUGGGGGCAUGUCGAUGCCCCAGAUCCUGUCAACUGUGGAUCCUCAGAUAAUCCAGGUGGAAAGAAACAGGUCAAGCAGAAAAUGAGGAUGAGGCUGAACAAGGUCUGCUUGUGUUUCUAAUUGCCGCAGUUUUGCCGCGUGCUAGCAGAAAGGCUGCAUGUGUAUAUCACAUUUGCCUGUGGAAUUGGAAUGAUGAUGAUGUGCUUUUUGCUUGUCAAAAUGGGAUUUUGAUAGCAUCUGUAAAAUUCCUUUCACGGAUACACAAUGAUCCCAUCAUGUACAAUAUUAGCUUAGGUUGAGGUAAUGUAGAUGAAGUGACUUUCAAUUAUAGAUUGGUGGAUUCACAACUUAUUUGGCUGUAUGGCUUUGGCUAAAA